GAAGUGUGGCGGCUUGGUCUCAGCAAUUCAAAGUCUAAGGUUUAGAAGCAGCGACGGAACAGGAAAGAAGUCAAGAGAGACACAAGUGGCCUGAGCGGCAAUAUUUCCCACUAGAGCUGGUCAGAAGGUGAUGCAAUAUGGAAGUUUUCAACACUUUUACAUACGCGGAACUAAGGCAAAGACAAAAAUGAUGUGAUGGCACAAAUUUGUUCAGGCUUAUUGUGACAUGCAAACAGAUGGAGGUGGUUGGAUGCUGCUGUAUGCAUACAAACACAGAAAAGGCACUAAAUAUGAUCUCGUUACUGCAUUGCCAACCAGCCCUGAUGGAUACUCACAUCAACUGCUCAACAACAUGGGAAUAUCUACAGGGUGGGCACAAGAGUUGAGAUUUUACUGUACAACAAGCAAACACAACAGAGUCGUUCAUUUUAAAACAAACAACAGAAAUAUUAUUCAAACUGCUUAUGAUGGAAAGAAACAUUUCUCUGAGUCAGACUGGAGCUCAAAAACUGAAAAGUUGACUGGACACACAGCACACCUUCCAGAUGCAACCAACGGUGUAUGGGCUGUUACUCAUCAAAAAGCAGGAUUUACAGACUUUCCUUUUUACCGUGGUGGUACGUACCAUUGGGGAAUUGCACCCAAAUAUGGGUCAGGUCGAUUUGAGUGUGAUGACUUUCCAAACAACUACAAUUAUGAAACUCUUCACCGUGUGUUUGUCAGAGACUAGACUGCAAAAGCAAUACUGCUGACUAUACUGUAUGUAAAUUGCAAUAGACAAGUUGUGCAUGCAAUGAUCUAUAAUAAGCAUUUGCAAUACAAAACAGCU